UUCAUUCAGGCAUUGUCUGUUUUAAGUCAUAGUAUCGAUCAUCCGGUCCUUUCAAGUUGCGAUAAACUUUCCCUAUCAUUCUCCUAUUUUCGUUUGUCUUUAUCGUCUACUUCAGUCAGUCAUCAUGAGUUACGGAGGCCAUAGAGUUUGUCACCACUGCGGUCAACCGGGUCAUUUUAUUAGGGACUGCCAGCUUCGGCAAGUCCCGAAUGCCGCCGCGCUACUAGGCGGCAACGAAGUGGAUCAACAGCGUGCUCAAGACAGUGACGGAUUGCUGCCGGCUCCGAACGCGAAUGCUAUUGUGCCGUAUCGAGCUCCAGCGAACGGAGGACAGCAGGAGGGGAAUAGGAGCAUUGCCGAUCAAGGUUCAAACCAAGGGUAUGGUGGCUACAACAACCGAGGAUACAACAACUACAACCAAGGAUAUGGCAGAACGGGGUAUCAACCACGAUCAAGGUGGUCCGACAACCGUGAGGGAUGGAAGGACGAGAAAUUUGACGAAGUGUGGGGUUGGUACUCGAAGGAGAUGAAACAAAAAGAAGACGAAAAACGGGCUAAGGAAGAGAAGUUGAAGGAGGAAGCCGAGAAGAAGAAAGCCCAGGAAGCCGAAGAAGAGCGGGCGAAGGCAAAAAAAAAGCGCGAAGACUUUCAGAAGUCCAUCGGCAUGAUGGUCAAAGACAACAUGAAGGAAGUAUGCCAAGAGGUGCUCGGCAAGAAGACAAGCACGGGCCAAGCUUCGACGAGCGGUACUUGUGACGACGACAGAAGGAAAGAUCUGGAGAAUCGAUGGCGAAGGGAGGAUGCGGCAGCUAGGGAGCAACUCGAGAAGCAAAAAGCUGACGAGAUGGAACGCUUGCGAUGGGAAAACCAAGAUCUUAUGCGUAUUGCUUCUACCAAUCAGUGAUAAGUGUUGCCAGUGAGCCUUGUCUCAACUGUUAAUCCUCAUGGUAACUUUUGUCUAAGUGAUAAGAGUCU